ACUGACUGUACACACCUCUGAACACACGCAGACCUCAGCAUGGCUGAUGAUGCUGCUCCACAAUAAUGUAGACUAAAGAUGGUAGAAUUUUCCGCGCUACCUUCAAUCUGUGGAAGUUAUCUCCGCGCGCCCGCUGCACCGUUUACUCAAACAGCGAGGCAUUUAAGGUGGAACGGGAAAUUCGAAGACAACACAACCUCGUGAAUAGUAGGUAUUGUUUAUCUGGUCAUCCAACGCUGCCUUGCAAUGUCCUCAAGUUUAAAUCAACCACAAUCAUGUUGGACUGUGGUCUGGACACCUCAUCUGCUCUGUAUUUUCUCCCUCUGCCGUUGGUACACAGUCCAAGACUGUCUAAACUCCCAGGCUGGGUCUCUAAGGACGGUACAGUGAAUCUUGAGAAAGAGCUCAAGGAAUGCGCUGGUCGUGUUUUUGUGGACACACAGCCCGAGUUUUGUCUACCUGAGCGAGAGCUGCUGGACUUGUCCACUGUUGAUGUUAUAUUAAUCUCUAACUACCACUGCAUGAUGGCCCUGCCCUACAUCACUGAACACACAGGUUUCUCAGGAACAGUCUACGCCACUGAACCCACCUUUCAGAUUGGCAGACUGUUGAUGGAGGAGCUGGUCACUUUUAUGGAGAGAGUUCCAAAGGCUCAGUCUGCCACCUGUUGGAAGAACAAGGAAAUACAAAGGAUGCUUCCUGGGCCGUUAAAGGAUGCAGUAGAUGUGUGGUCGUGGAAAAGGUGCUACAGCAUGCAGGAGGUGAACUCUGCUCUCAGUAAAGUGCAGCUAGUGGGCUACUCUCAGAAAGUGGAGCUGUUUGGUGCAGUGCAGGUCACUCCUCUCAGCUCUGGUUAUUCACUGGGCAGUUCUAACUGGAUCAUCCAGUCGCACUAUGAAAAAGUGUCCUAUGUGUCUGGAUCAUCUCUGCUGACCACACACCCUCAGCCCAUGGACCAGAGCUCACUGAAGAACAGUGACGUACUGAUCCUGACAGGCCUGACCCAAAUCCCCACCGCCAACCCAGAUGGCAUGCUGGGAGAAUUCUGCAGCAACCUGGCAAUGACGAUCCGGGCUGGGGGAAACGUGCUGGUGCCGUGUUACUCAUCUGGGGUGAUUUAUGACCUGCUGGAGUGUCUUUACCAGUUCAUGGACUCAGCUAACCUGGGAACCACACCCUUCUACUUCAUUUCCCCUGUGGCCAACAGCUCACUCGAGUUCUCCCAGAUAUUUGCUGAGUGGUUGUGUCAGAAUAAGCAGUCCAAAGUUUAUCUCCCCGAGCCUCCGUUCCCACACGCUGAGCUAAUCCAAACCAAUAAACUGAAGCACUAUCCGAGUAUUCACGGCGAGUUUAGCAGUGAGUUCCGGCAGCCAUGUGUGGUUUUCACAGGACACCCAUCACUACGCUUUGGAGACGUGGUACACUUCAUGGAGCUGUGGGGCAAAUCCAGUCUCAACACAAUCAUCUUCACCGAGCCAGAUUUCUCCUACCUGGACGCUCUGGCUCCCUACCAGCCUUUGGCUAUGAAAUGCGUGUACUGCCCCAUCGACACACGCCUCAACUUCCACCAGGUGUCCAAAUUUCUGAAGGAGGUGCAGCCUCUCCAUGUGGUGUGUCCAGAGCAGUACACACAGCCACCUCCUUCCCAGUCCCACCGUGCUGAUCUAAUGCUGGAGCUGCAGCCGCCCCCCAUGGCGUACCGCCGCUGUUCAGUGCUGGGCCUCCCCUUUCGCCGCAGAUACGAACGCAUCCACCUGCUGCCUGAGCUUGCCAAAAGUCUGGUGCCCUCUGAGAUUAAACCUGGCGUCUCUGUGGCAACCGUGUCAGCGGUUUUACAGUCCAAGGACAACAAGCAUGUGCUCCAGCCAGUACCCAAACCUGUUCCAGUUCCCCCCAGUAAGAAGAGGAAGAGGCUGAUGGAGGAGGUUCCAGACCUGCUGAGCCCGAAGCCCCUGCUGAGUGGAGCUGUGCCUCUGGAGGCUUUCCUGGCCUCACUGCAUAAGAGCGGCAUCACGGAGGUGAAGGUGGAGGAGACGGCGGACGGACACAUCCUGCACCUGCAGGCUGAGGACGCGCUCAUCCAGCUAGAGGAGGACGCCACGCACAUCGUGUGCGACAACAACGAGCCCCUCAGAACUGCCCUCAGAGACCUGGUGCUCCGCUUCCUGCAGAAACUAUGACCACUGAACUUUCGGCUGGACUGAGGGUGACACAGAGCCGGCAGUGUCACAGUGCGUCAUUAAUGAAUGGUAACGGGAAUGGGAGGUGAAGAGAACCACACACACAGUUUCAGUUGUGGUUUAAACAGGACAAUGAUCAUGCUUUUGGAACGAACUGUGCACUAGGCCUUGAAUGAUUUGACCCAAAAGAGGAUUUUGUUUUCCAUUUUACAGCAGGUAACUGGGUUACAGCUACAGUUGUAUGUAAAAGAUUGGGCGCUCAAGUUUAUACACUGUUUUUUUUAUAUUUCAACUGCAGAUAAAUUAUAUCCUCUGCAGAGACAAACAUCUGCACGUUUUAAUACAUAGUUACUGUUUAAUUAUUGCAUUUAACAUAUAAAAAAAAGAAAUUUAAACCAAAUCCAAACCAAUGCAUAUACAAAGGCUUAUAUUUGUCAUAUAUACUUUUCAUAUUUUAUGUUAUGUAUUUUAAGUAUGUUAAAUUCAGCUAAUAAAUAGAAAUUGUGUGUCAGAUGUGCAAAUUUAAGUUUGCAUCUUGCAGAGGAUUCGAUCAAUUUAACGCUCCUGUUCAUCUAAGAAACAGCAAAUGUUUCCAGGCCAAACUAUCUUGUGUUUAACAUUGUUCUUCUUCUAGUAGUUAAAAAGAAGAUUUUUCCCAAUAAACAAUAUUUUUGGCAAA